AUGGCUGCCGAAGCUAUUUUAGGAGCCUUUAUGCAAACCCUCUUUGAGAAACUCUUUGAAGUAGUUCAUGAUCACUUCAGAUCUUGCAGAGGCAUCCAUGGCAAGCUAGAGAACCUCUCUUGCACUCUGUCCCAACUGCAGGCCUUCCUUGAUGAUGCUGAGGCAAAGCAGUUGGCAGAUGCGUCCGUGAGGGGAUGGCUGGCAAAGCCCAAGGAUAUCGCAUGCGACACUGAUGAUCUGCUGGACAGUUAUUCCACCAAAAUUAUGGGUCUGAAGCAGAGACAGAUGAAGCUUCGCACAAAGGCAAGUGUCAGUUCUCCCACCUGCUUCUUGCGUAGGAAUCUAUAUCAGUACAGAAUAAAUCAAAAGAUUAGCAGCAUAUUGGAGAGGUUAGAUAAGAUUGCAAAAGAACGGGACACUAUUGGGCUACAGAUGUUAGGUGGAAUGAGUAGGCGUGAGACCUCAGAGCGACCCCAUUCAAGUUCCCUUGUAGAUAGUUCAGCUGUAUUUGGCAGGGAGGCAGAUAGAGAGGAAAUGGUAAGGCUUUUGCUCUCUGACAGUGGACAUAAUUCCUGCAAUGUUUGUGUCAUACCAGUUGUUGGCAUGGGAGGGCUUGGUAAGACCACUCUUAUGCAGAUGGUGUACCAUGAUGACAGAGUGAAUGAACACUUUCAGUUGAGGAUUUGGGUUUAUGUGUCUGAAAGUUUCGACGAGAAGAAGAUAACACAAGAAACUCUUGAGGCUGCUGCCUAUGACCAAUCCUUUGCAAGCACCAACAUGAAUAUGCUUCAGGAAACACUCUCCAGAGUGCUAAGGGGCAAGAGGUACUUGCUUGUCUUGGAUGAUGUCUGGAAUGAAGACCAGGAUAAAUGGCUCAGCUUUAGAGCAGCUUUACUUUCAGGAGGUUUUGGAAGCAAGAUAGUGGUAACAUCACGAAAUGAGAAUGUUGGCAGAAUAAUGGGAGGGAUAGAGCCCUACAAGGUGCAACAACUAUCAGAUGAUGAUAGCUGGUCUGUAUUCAAGAACCAUGCAUUCAGGGAUGGUGACUGCAGCACAUAUCCACAAUUGGAGGUGAUAGGCAGAGACAUUGUAAAGAAACUGAAAGGAUUACCUCUUUCAUCGAAGGCCUUAGGGAGCCUCCUCUUUUGCAAAACAGACGAAGAAGAGUGGAAAGGCAUACUAAGAAAUGACUGUGACCAAUGUGAGCAUGAAAGAAGACGUGAUAGUGCUACCAAGAUCCGUCAUCUUUUAUUUCCAUGGAGGGAUGACAAGUGCAUGCAGUCUGGUCCACUAUAUGGCUAUAGGAAGUUAAGGACACUAAUCAUUAUGCAUGGACACAAGUCUAAACUGUCUCAAAUGCCUGAUAGUGUCUUUAUGAAACUAAAAUUUCUUAGGGUUCUUGAUUUGCAUGGAAGAGGUCUUAAAGAGCUACCAGAAUCUAUAGGAAAUCUGAAACAGCUUCGCAUCCUAGACCUCAGUAGCACUGAAAUCAAGACAUUACCAGCAUCUAUUAUAAAACUCUAUAAUUUGCAAACACUGAAUUUGAGUGACUGCAAUUCACUAAGAGAAGUGCCACAAGGCAUCACUAAGCUCACUAACAUGCGUCACUUAGAUGCAAGCACAAGGCUAUUGUACAGGAUACCUGGAAUUGGAAGUUUGAUCUGCCUCCAGGAACUAGAGGAAUUUGUUGUUCAGAAGCGCCUAGGGAUGUCGGUAGAACAAGGUGUUUCUACACCAGAUGCAACAGGAACUGAGGCAACUAAUCUCCUGAAAAGGAACUCAGAUGAUGUUGGAUGGGAAUAUGGUGUUCUUGUUGAUGCUAGCAACAAGGACAAGGUGAAGUGCAAGCUCUGUGACAAGGAGAUGAGAGGAGGGAUUCAUAGGUUGAAGGAGCAUUUGGCUCAUGAAGGAAAGAAUGUGAAUAAAUGCACAGCAAGAACACCACAGACUAUGGAGGCUAAAGAGAAGUGCAAGAAGGCACUAGCUGAUGCAAAAAGAAAGAGGGAGGAGAAGAUUGUUCGUGAGUUAGAAAUUAGAGAGGAAGUUCAUGUAUCUAGGGUUGGAACAGAUUCAGAUGAAGUCACCUGUGUUGGAAGUUCAGAGUCCCACAAAUUAGGACCCAUUGACAAAUGGACACGUGCUAUUGAUCCUAAAGCUACCAAGUCUGAUUCUUUGAAGCAACAGCAGCUGAACAAGGAACUUUGA